GCAGAACCGCCUGGCUUCCUAGACACGCAAAAACCAAUCACACUUAUUUUCGCAUAGAGGUUUCACUUUAAAGUAUGCAGACAGUCCUCAUUGUGUCAUUUCUCUGAUUUGCAGCCAGCGAGGCAACACAAAACUUAACAUGAAAUGCAAUUUCAACGGAACCCUGCUGAUCAGUGGGCUCCCUCCACUGUUGGCGACAGAAUUUGUUUUGGGAGUCCUUGGAAAUGGUUUGGCUCUCUGGAUCUUCUGCUUCCACCUGAAGCCCUGGAAGAGCAGCACGGUGUUACUCUUUAACCUGGCAAUGGCCGACUUUCUGCUCAUCAUGGUUUUGCCUUUCCGUGCCAGCUACUACAACUCUGAGAUCAAGUGGAAGUUUGGAGGUGCUCUCUGCAACAUCUGCCUCUUCAUGUUGGCAAUGAACCGCAGUGGGAGUACCCUCUUCUUGAUGGCCAUCGCUGUGGAUAGGUACAUGCGUGUGGUACAUCCCCAUCAUCCCAUCAACUCUCUGAGUAUCUCCAAAGCCAUGUGUGGAGCCCUUGCACUAUGGUUGCUCACCAUCUCAAUGUCAGCUCAUGUCUUCACUCUGCAACACAACAACACAACGUACUGUGAGAGCUUCAUGAUUGACACUAUAGCCCGCAAUGAUCUGAACUGGCAUAAGUUUGCGUUCCUCUUUUCCUUCUAUAUGCCUCUGCUCGUGAUUCUCUACUGCACAUUCCAGAUUAUCGGCCACCUGAGAAGGAGAAAGUUGGCCCAGCAUGCAAAGAUCAAGAAAGCUCUGUGCUUCAUCACAGUAGUGGCGGUGCUCUUCAUCAUUUGCUUCCUCCCGAGCAACAUCACGCAGCUGCUGAUUUGGAUCAAGGUCCAACAAGUAGCCAGAACCCUCCCUGAAUCUGAAGUCUGCCCUGCUAUGGAAGACCUGACCACCAUGUUUUACUUCACCAUUAGUCUGACCUAUCUCAACAGCGUGCUGGACCCUGUGGUUUACUACUUCUCCAGCCCUGUCUUCAAGAACAUCUGCAGGAAAGUUCUCCAUCUGCCCCAAGCAGACACUGUUGAAAGUGCAGAGAAGAAAACUCGAGAAACAGGCUCCCAGUCGCUCAGCCAGCUGUGAUCACAAAAUCUAGGAAAUUAAGAUAGAUGCAGCUUGAUUAAUAGACAUAUUUCUUUCAAAGAUGUCAUGUAAGUGCAAUUGUUAUUUUUACUUCUCAUAUAUCCAGUAUUGCACCUAAAAAAGAAUUGCCUUUGGAAAACCGAUGUUUUUGUAACAUGUGCAAGUUAUUUUUACUUCUCACUAUAGAUAUAUAUAAUGUCUGCACUUUU